CAGUUUUUCUAGAAGCCCGCGCCCCUGCAUCCUUGUGGUACAAUGGAGGGAGCUUGGACCAGGCUGUCAGGCUUCUGAUUGCCCGCAGAAAAAGUAUGUGCCACCUCUUGCAUAUGAAUCAGCAGCAAUAUCUCUGUGGGAUGCGCGAGCCUCAGCAGAUUUAGUGACUUUAAUCCUCGGUUUUCUUUUAGCAUCUGUGCUUCUUAGGUAAGUUUUUACCCCAUGUUCAGAGUGGAAUUGGAUGAUCAUUGUAAAGCUACUACAUAACAUGCAGACUAGCAUACGACGAAAUGUUGCUGAUCAGCGUUUGAGACCUUGGCCACGUCUGAAACGAUGACUCGCCUACAAGACCGACCCGAGGAGAUUUGUUGACCGGUUCCGUUAUGUGGUUACUAACGACACCGGCAGUUUUAUGGCUGUACGUGUCCGUUCACAUUUGUUUUGUUGGCGAUGGGGCUCAUCUGCGACGCUUGACGGUAGCUAUGUUGGACGCGAUGCCCAAAGAGUCUUGGGUUCAAUCAGCACGUCGACUCUUGCAAUGGCGCUUCCGCCUAGCCGCAUCUGCUUCGAUCCAUGGCCAAUCUCCUCGUCUCAGGUCAAGGCAAGUAAGAGGGUGAGGGUCGCCCUUGUCAUGUGUUUCUUGAGCCUCUCCGGAUGGGUACACGCAGUCCAAUUACCACCAUCUGCUGCGAGAGAGCGGAAAGUGAGGCUAGGUGUGAAGAAAUGAAAUGAUGUGAAAUGAAACGAAACGCGAGCCCUAAUCAAGCGUUGAACUGCUAAGCGCCACGAAAAACCAAAGUCGAGAAUGGAAUAGAAUGAAAUGGGAAAUGCACCCUGCUUCAAAUUGGCAAAAGACAGUUUCCAUACAUUCAUUGACUAUGACAUUAGCAAAGUUUCCUGGUCUUGCCAGACACAGACAGAGCCUCGUCUCCCAGGGGCUACCGAUUCCAGGCAAGGCACGGCGCAUGAGGUGGGCUCGGUAUACCAAGGGCAGCCGCGGUUGUUGGUGGGCAAAGUUGAAAGGAGUCUCCAAACGGGCCGGCUUGUCAUGAUUCUCCAUUUAUUAUGAAAAUGGAGUGGCUAUCAAUGGAUCAUGAGAGAGCGUGAGCCUGUGAGGGCAACGGUGCGGUGGCCGGGCAGUUGACGACCGUAAAAGGCAACUCGAGCGUGACCUCAAAUGAUUGGCUUAAAUGCGGUGCCUUGUCUUGCCCUGGAGCUUCUAUUGGCUCAGAAGAUAUUCGAGAAAGAGGACAUGUAAUUGGUCACCCAGCCAUCGGUUAAUCACAACCACCCCCACGCUGACCAGGCCAAAUUGCAAAAUCAAAACUCGCCCAUAUCUUUCACAAGUAGAAAAUUUUUCCCUUUGCAACCACACAAACUCACAAA